GCAAGGAAGAUAUUUGUGUAGCAGAUAUCCACGUGUAGCUGGCGCGGUAGUUGGUGUAGCUGUCACUACUUUCUCGAUACAUGUAGGACAGUUGACAUUUAGCAGUUAUGACGAGAAAGGAUAUCAACUCCGUUAAUUCUACUAAUGGAAAUGAACCCAAAGUAGAGAUUGAUGACACCAAAGUGGAACUAAAACGAAAAAUCACUCUUUUAAACGGAUGUGCCAUUAUCAUCGGAUCUAUUAUUGGGUCUGGCAUUUUCGUCAGUCCGAAAGGUGUCUUAGAAAAUACAGGAUCGGUUGGUGUAUCUCUAAUAGUGUGGACAGGCUGUGGUCUCUUGUCUCUGAUUGGUGCCUUGUGUUAUGCGGAACUGGGAACGACCAUCAACCGAUCUGGAGGGGACUAUGCCUAUAUUCUUGAAGCUUUUGGACCUUUCCUAGCAUUUCUGCAGCUAUGGGUUAAUUUAAUAAUAAUUCGUCCGACCGCCCAAGCAAUAGUGGCUCUUACGUUUGCCUAUUACGCUCUUCAGCCUAUUUUCCCAGACUGUGAUCCACCAGAAAUUCCCGUCCGCUUGUUAGCUGCAAUAUGCAUUAGUACUUUGACAUUUGUGAAUGUUAUUAGUGUGCGAGCGGCCACCAGAAUCCAAGAUGUGUUCACCAUAGCCAAACUGCUGGCUCUCGUCGUCAUUAUAGUUACAGGAUUCUACCUAAUUGCCAUAGGUGAAGUAGAAUUUUUCCACAAUGCGUUUGACAAUUCUAAAACAGAUAUAGGUGAUAUAUCAUUAGCUUUCUACUCCGGGCUCUUUGCAUAUGCAGGAUGGAAUUUUUUAAACUUUGUAACAGAAGAAAUGAUAGAACCAUUUAAAAAUUUACCUCGUGCCAUUUACAUUUCGAUUCCAAUCGUUUCCGUUGUGUAUGUUUUAACAAACGUUUCGUAUUUCACGAUUAUAUCGCCGAGGGAACUGCUGCUGUCCAAUGCUGUGGCUGUGACAUUCGGAGACAAAGUGUUUGGAGUUAUGGCUUGGAUUAUCCCAGUUUUCGUAGCAUUAUCAACAUUUGGUGGAGUGAAUGGAUUACUUUUCACCUCUGGAAGGUUGUUUUUUGUUGGAGCGAGAGAAGGCCAGUUGCCUGAUUUCAUGGCUAUGAUCGACAUUCACAGAUUCACCCCACUGCCAGCCAUGCUCUUCACGGGAGGUCUAUCAAUCUUGAUGCUGAUAUCUCAGGAUAUUUUCGCUCUGAUCAACUACAUGAGUUUCGUCCAGUGGCUGUCUGUGGGGAUGUCCAUCGCCGGUCUCGUCUACCUGCGAGUCACCAAGCCUGAUCUGCCACGCCCUAUUAGGUUUCCACUGAUUAUUCCUAUAAUGUUCCUAGCCGCAGUUGUCUUCCUGCUCAUAGUACCAGUCUAUGCUGCCCCCAAAGACACUGGGAUGGGCAUUUUGAUAGUGUGUUCGGGAAUACCGGUCUAUGUAUUGGGUGUCAAGUGGAAAAACAAACCUCAAGUCUUUACAAAAUGUGUUGCCAGCCUGACAAAACUAGGCCAGAAAUUGUUUAUGGUUUCGGGAGAAGAGAGUUCCUAGGAACAGAGGCCCAUCAAUCUUGUGACCUUGUCGACCUCUCACAAUGUUUACUGCCGCCCAGUUUCGUACAACAGUGACACCUGUUGUUGGAAAUGACCACUUGUCCUUAGUUACAGUAAAAAAAAAAAUCCCACAAGUUACAUUAAUAGCACUGCCAGUAAACUGAUUAAAAGUACACACACACACUAACAAACAUGAGCUUGAAAAUUGUGCAUUUAAACAAAAAAAAGGCUGUGAGCAUUUUUAAAUUAUACACUAUUUAUAAAUUUAAGAUUAUACAUUUUUACAUUGUGUUAUAAAUGCAUCUCUCUUUUUAUGUUCCAUUAAGAAAGUAAUUUUUUUAUUGUUGGUUAAUUAAUAAUUAAACAAAAAAAUCAUUAAAAGAUUGUUGCUGAAAUGUUAAUAUUAGUGGGGUUUAAGGUGGAAAAGCAAUACUGUUGCUGAAUUUUGUUUGGCUUUGUGGCCAAAUGAAGUUUGUUCUUAAAUUAUGGCCCAAUUUCAGCCUCAAUUUACAUUUGGCGAAUAACAUUGUAAAUGUUGAAUAAAAGCGAUGAUUUUGGAGUAGUGUUACUCCUGUACAUGUGGUACAUAAUUAAAAAAUGUCUGCUGUUACACAAUUCACCUGAUUCUGACUGGGUGACUUCACUAAAUAGCUGAAUGUUAUCCCGAGAAAAUUACAUCAUUGCAGAAAAUAGAUCAUGACAUUGAAAAUAGAAACUUAUUUAUGUGUAUUUCAAACGAUAUAAUCUUAUUUAUGAUAAUAAUAAGACUUUAUUUUUUAUGUGAAUUUAUCAAUGUAUAACAGUUGUUAAUUUAGUUUAAACACAUUGUGUAGCAUAGCAAAACCAUUUUAUGCAAUUUGUGACUAUUAUGCAUUAAUAAAUUUACACAAAAAAAUUAUAUUUCUUUUGAGGCAUUAUUUGUAAUGGAACAAUAGUGUAUUGAAAGUGUUUGUCAGUUGCUCAAAAUGUUCUUCCAUUUUGUUUCUUUGUGUAACUGUAUAACCAUGUCUGUGUUAUGUAUAUGUUUUUUAACCAUGCUUAUAUCCAGUUAAGUUUCAAACAUGUUGUUCUGGACAUUCAACUCAGGAAAUAAGACACAUACAGGGCUCAAACUUAACGGCAAUUACCGUAAUUGAGAUAUAAAUUGUGCGGUUGGUAAAGCUCCUCAAUAAUUGCAAAAUGUAUACACCUGGUAUAUAUUAUCUGCCAAUAUUUAACAUUUGAAAUAUGUCUACACACAGGAAAAUAACCUUUCAGUCAUGUUUAUUUUCUGCAAAUGUCACUUAAAAAAACAUUUCCAUUGGCAGGCUCAAAAUUGUUGUUUCACCCAUGGCAGUUCUUUUAAAAGUUUCUGUGGGAAACAAAUUCUUAAGUUCGAGCCCUGCACAUAGAGAGAUAUUUGUGUAGUGGCCUCGUAUAUUUUUUUUUUUAUGAGUGGUGCACUCCAGGGCUGAAAAUUAUUUUUAAAAUCACUAGUCAACAGAAGUAGUUGACCAGUAGUUGGAAUAUACUUGACCCUGACCCAUGUCAUUUAAAUAAUGCAACUUGUCAAUGGUGUAAUGAUGAUAUGAAAUAUGGUUAAUAAACAGGUCCGAUAUUGAA